AUGGCCGAUCUUGACACUCUCGAUCUCAUAGUCCUGGGAGCCAUUCUCCUGGGCACCAUUGCCUACUUCACCAAGGGCAAACUAUGGGGCGUCGUCAAGGACCCCUAUGCCAGCUCCUUUGCGGCCAAUGCCGGCCAGAAGCCAGGUCGCACCAGGAACUUUAUCGAGAAGAUGGACGAGACCAACAAGAACUGCAUCGUAUUCUACGGCUCCCAGACCGGCACCGCUGAGGACUAUGCUUCGCGUCUGGCCAAGGAGGGCAAGAGCCGCUACGGUCUCAACACCAUGGUCGCUGAUCUUGAGGAUUACGACUACGAUAACCUCGACGAAUUCCCCUCGGACAAGAUUGUCAUGUUCGUCCUCGCCACCUAUGGUGAGGGUGAGCCCACCGAUAAUGCUGUCGAAUUCUACGAGCACAUUCGCAGUGAUGACGUCUCCUUUACCAACGGCAGCUCCCUGGAAAACCUCAAGUACGUCGCCUUUGGUCUCGGCAACAACACCUACGAGCACUACAACUCCGUCGUCCGCCGCGUUGACGAGACCCUCACCAAGCUCGGCGCAACCCGUAUCGGCGUUGCCGGUGAAGGUGACGACGGCGCCGGUACCAUGGAGGAGGACUUCCUCGCCUGGAAGGAUCCCAUGUGGGCUGCACUCGCCGAGAGCAUGGGCCUCGAGGAGCGCGAGGCUAUCUACGAGCCUACCUUUGCCAUUGUCGACCGCGAGACUCUGACAGCCGAUUCCGAGGAAGUUUACCUCGGCGAACCUAACAAGAACUAUCUCCAGGGAACCCCCAAGGGCCCUUACAACGCCCAGAACCCCUACACCGCUGUGGUCGCCGAGUCGCGUGAGCUCUUCAAGUCCAAGGACCGCAGCUGCAUCCACAUGGAAAUCGACAUCUCUGGCUCCAACCUUUCCUACCAGACCGGUGACCACAUCGCUGUCUGGCCGUCCAACGCCGGCUACCAUGUCGACCUGUUCCUGAAGGCCCUCGGCCUUACCGACAAGCGCAACGACGUCAUCAGCAUCAAGGCACUCGAACCCACUGCCAAGGUCCCCUUUCCUACGCCCACCACUUACGACGCUAUUGCGCGCUACCACAUGGAGGUUUGCGCCCCUGUAUCUCGCCAGAUGAUCUCGACCCUCGCCCCCUUCUCGCCCACCGACAAGAUCAAGGCCGAGAUGACGCGCCUCGGAAGCGACAAGGACUACUUCCACGAGAAGACAGGUCACUCAUUCUACAACAUUGCCCAGUUCCUGACUGUCCUCGGCGAUGGCGCCACGUGGGACAAGAUUCCCUUCUCCGCCUUCAUCGAGGGCCUUAACAAGCUCCAGCCCCGCUACUACUCCAUCUCGUCCUCGUCGCUCGUCCAGCCCAAGAAGGUCGCCAUCACCGCCGUCGUUGAGACCCAGGUGCUGCCAGCGCAGGAGGUUCCCUUCCGCGGUGUUGCCACCCAUUUCAUCGCCGCCCUGGCCGACAAGCAGAAUAACGGCGCCAAGUCGGACGUCUACGACCUCACCUACCAGAUCGUCGGCCCCCGCGCGCGCCACACCGGCACCCACCUGCCCGUUCACAUCCGUCACUCUAACUUCAAGCUGCCAUCGGACCCCGGUCGCCCUGUUAUCAUGGUCGGUCCCGGCACCGGCGUUGCACCGUUCCGCGCAUUUGUCCAGGAGCGGGCCAAGCAGGCCCAGGACGGUGUCGAGGUCGGCAAGACGCUGCUCUUCUUCGGCAGCCGCAAUGCCAAGGAGGACUACCUCUACGAGGAGGAGUGGACCGAGUACAAGAAGGCCCUUGGCGACAAGUUCGAGCUCGUCACGGCCUUUUCGCGCGACACCGCCAAGAAGGUCUACGUCCAGCACCGACUCAAGGAGAACGGCGAAGAGGUUCACGAGCUGCUCCAGAAGAAGGCUCUCUUCUACGUCUGCGGGGAUGCCGCCCGCAUGGCUCGCGAGGUCAACACUACGCUUGCCCAGAUCAUUGCCGAAUACCGCAAGGUCACUCCUGCCAAGGCCGACGAGGUUGUUAAAUCGAUGAGAGCCGCCAAUCAAUACCAGGAGGAUGUUUGGUCUUGA